AUGGAUAUUUUGCAUGGAGAAUUUGAUAUUGAUGCAACAGUUGUACAACAAGAGAAUAUUCCAGGUACAAGUGAAAAAGAUGUUUGUAAAACUAUCCGUGAAACGGUUUGCCGUAGGCUUAUUGCGUGCUGGCUAGAGUCUACACUGUGGAGAGAAUGCAAAGCAUUUCUUGCAGAAUGUAGUAAGAAUUUUUAUCAGAAUAGAUUAGGUCAAUUGAAGCAGGAAAAACUAUAUAUCAAUCAAAAAUACAAUUCAGCGACGACAAGAAAAACAACAAUGGCAAUCACUAAACAUAUUCAGCGCAAACAAACGAAAUUCAGCAAACAAGACAAACAGCUUGACUGCGAAUUUGUACAACCAGGUAAUUAUUUAUCAACAAUAAAUAAAGAAAUUGAAAAAUUUGACGAAUUAUGGGCGUUGAGUCGUUCUCUUUGUACUUCUGAUACGAAUCAGGAAGAUGAUGAUGACAAUAAUAUUCACUACCAGAAUGUUGAUUUUCAACAGGAUAAUUUGUAUUCUGCACCAAUGAAUAAUAAUAAUAAUUUCUUUUGUUAUGAUACAACUAUAAAAAGUCCGAAAUUAGUUAACUGUUUUUCUUGUAAAUGCAAAAAACAGUCAUCCAAUUAUCAACAAUGCUCAACUACAUUCUGCUAUCAAUUGUUUACACUUAAUUGGCGAUCAUAUUUAAGUAUGAAAAGAUCAGGCAAAACAAUACUGGCACAUUUUGUCAUACAACUUGUAAUAGCCUUAUUUUUGGGUAUUAUCUAUUUAAACAUGGACAAAUGGAGCGGAUCUGGAAUUCAAAAUCGUGUGGGCUUAUUUUUUAUCACUUGUUUACAUUUAUUAUUUAUUAGCGGGACAUUAUUGGAAGUGUUUUUAAAAGAUCGUUUGAUAUUUAUACAUGAGACAUCAACUGGAUUUUAUCGUAUUUCAGCAUAUUUUCUUUCUAAAAUUUUAUCGGAUGUUUUACCAAUAAAAGUGAUACCAGCUUUUUUGUGUUUAUCUAUAACAUAUUAUUUAACUGGUCUUCGUUAUGAAUUAUAUCCAUUUUUAUUAUGGCAACUCACUAUUGGAUUGUUAACAUUUUGUGCAUCAGCGAUUACAUUUGCUGUCAGUGCAAUGGUAAAUGAUCAACGAAUCGGAUCAAUAUUAUUAUCUAUGUUUUUUGUUCUAAUGAUGGUAACGAGUGGUUAUUUAGUAAAUAUAUCAACUUUAUGGAAAUGGCUUCAGUUAUUUCGUUAUAUUUCAAUACUACAUUUUAAUCGCAUUAAUGCAAGUGAUUCGCCUUAUUCAAAUGCAACAUCAUUAUUGAUAAAUGAAUGGAAAAACACUGAGUACUUUCAAACUGGAAUUGGAAAAAUUCAAAAUUUAGAAUCUAUCUGCAUUAGCGGUGUACAGUAUUUAGAAUCGCAAGCAAUUGAAUAUCGAUCAAAAUGGGCAGUUUGGCUAAAUGAAUUGGGUAUAUUUGUGAUUGCAAUUUUAGCCUUGUGUGUAGCUUAUAUUCAUUUAAGACUAAUUAAACGAUAUAGAUAG